GGACAGCGGAGGAGGAUGAGAGUCCUGCGGGCCGCUCCUCUGGGACUGCUGCGCCCCCCCCCGGCCCCCCCCACCCCCCGGCGGAUCCACAACCGGGUCCAGGAACACCAAAAGCAUUUCCAGGAGGACAAUGGGCUCCCGGUGCACCUGAAGGGGGGGGCGAUGGACUCAGCUCUGUACCAUCUGACCACCCUCAUCUGCUCUGUGGGCACCUGCUAUUCCCUCUGGGCUUUGGCUCAGGCCUCCAGGCCGAAGAAACCCUAAAAGGGGGGGACGGACCCCCCCCCCAACGGUGACAAUAAAUGACGGGGACAAUUAA